ACCAAUGUCUUCUGAGGACUUCAGAGAGAGCUCUUUAUCUCAAAAGGUGUCCUCUGCAGGUGGGUCCCAGAAGAGCAAGGAGGUUCUCAGCUCCCCGACACCAUCCGUCUCCCUUAGCCAGGCAUCCGACUUCCAACACGAGUCUCAGCUGUUCACUGAGCCACACCUGGCCCAGAUGGAGAAAACCUUUCAAGAUGAGGUCGACUUGACUGGAGCCCUGGACAUGAAGACUUUCGUUAAGGCUGUGAAGAAGAUUCUGAGCAAUGCGUCCAACGAGAUGAUAGAGGCGCUGUUUUUGAAGGUGGACAUGAACUGUAACGGCCUCACCUCCGCUCAGGAGUACCUGGACUACGUGAUGCGUGAGUUCAAGGGGAAGGAGAAGAUGAUGAGGAGCCAGCGCUGCCUGCGCUUCCACCUUCCCAUGAGGAUCAUACCCCUGAAUCAUGGGUGUGAGAUUGUGAAAGUGGAGUUCUUAGUCCAGCGGCUCAAGAAGAUCGGGCAUUUCCUGACUGUCACCAAGGACGGGAUCCUGCAGUUCUGGUCGGAGUCCUUCUCGCUGACCAGCUCCUUUAGGCUUUACCAGAUCCAUCCGCUCCACAACCAGCAGAUGUGGGUCAUCGACAUGGUGUGUCUGCACAACAUGAACCUGGUUGCGAUAGCGUUGACCGACCAGAAGAUAGAUUUCUUUGAUAUCAGUAACCGUAAAUAUGUCCGGGCCUUCACCUUCAUCGAUCUGGACAGUUGCGUCCUGACCUUGAACUACUGGUCUGACUAUCACAGGGCUGUGUUCUGCUAUGGGGACACCAAAGGCAAUGUCAUCGUCUUCACCUCCAACGAUGUGACCCAUGGGCUGUUCAACCCCUGAAUCCUCCCCAGGACCUCCAGAUGGGAUCACUGGACCAAUGUUUCCACACAGAAGCUCUUAAAUGAGAAGUCCCCUACGCAUAGAAGUUACCAGCUGAGGGCUCUCCACCCCAACUGGUGUCAACAGGUCAAGUUUAUCCCCCAGCUGAACCUGGUGGCUUCCUGUUCAGCCAUCGACAAGUCCUCUCUGGUGCUGACCAUAUUGCCGCCCAAAGUCCCAGAGAGCCUCAAGUUUUCAGUGCUGAAUUUAAGAAAAGGGAUUCUUUGCUUUGAUUACUGCCCAGCAAAGAAUGUCCUGGUGACUGGUGGCCAUGACCCCCUCAUCCACCUGUGGAACCCCUUCUUCUCGAAAAAGCCUGUGUGGCUGAUGAAGGGGCAUCAGACCUCGGUGACACACGUUCUCGUGAGCAGCAAGCACGGCAGCAUCCUGAGCAUCUCCAAGGACAAGAAUAUUCGCAUGUGGGACAUGCAGGACUACGAAUGCCUCCAGUCCUUCUGCGGGAAGCAUUUUGCCCUGGGACACUGCCCCAUCACCAGCGCAUACUUCCACAAGGAUGACGACAGCCUCAUCUGUAGCACCUACUCAAUUGGCAUCCUAAAAGGGUGCCUGGAGACGCAGGGGCCUGGGAGAGCAGAGGAGAAGACCACGACUUACAGCACGCCCCUGUGCGCCAUCCUCUACAGCAAGGUUUUCAAGCAGGUGGUGAGCGGCUGCCUGAGCGGCGUGGUGAGCAUGUGGGAGGUCGUGACAGGCAAAAGGAUGACGGAGUUCUCUGUGACUGGCGACCAGCACGUGGAGCUGACCGCCACGUCCCUGGAUGAGUCAGAGGCGUGCCUGCUCACGGGUCUGCGUGAUGGCACCAUGAAGAUGUGGAACUACAGUGUUGGUGAAUGCCUGCUGACCUUCCCCAACCCGGACCAGAUGGAGAUUAGUGGGAUCGUCCAUAUGAACAAAGUGUUCUACAUGACCGGAUGGAGUAAGAGAAUCCCUUAUUUCACGUUCCACAAGACCAAGCCGGUGCUCUUGUGCUAACGCUGGCAGACCUUCCACACGGAGGAUGUCCUGAGCAUGGCCAGGUACCAGAACCAGUUCCUUGGGACCUCCUCCUACAAUGGGAACAUCCUCUUCUGGAACAUCAGCAUGUUCGGGCCCAUCCUCCAUUUCAACGCCUCUCAGAGCCCCUUGCCCUCACUGCCCAAGAGGUGUGGCUUUGACACCCUUCUCAUGGAGACGUGGGACUUCAGUUCCUUCCCCAUCGGUCUGGAUGGGCCUGUGACUAUGGCAGGAGUGAUGCUGUACGACUUGUGGGCUCAGUCCUAAAAGGUGAACCGCCUGCUUCUCUGGGGACGCUCACUCUUGAAAGCCAGUUGCCGUGUUGUGAGGAAGCCCGUGCCAUACGAAGGGACCACUAUGGGUGCUUUAGUCAACAGCCGAGUUCCCAGCCGACAGCCAGCAUCAACCUCCAGACAAGUGAAUAAAGAUUCCUCCAGAUGAUUCCAGACCCAGCUAUUGGGUCACCCCUAGCCUUCAGGUCUUCCCAGCUGAGGCCCCAGACAUCAUGAAGCAGUGACAAACCAUCCCCGCUGUGUCCUGUCUGAAUUCCUGACCCACAGAAUCUCUGAACAUAAUAAAAUGGUAGUUUUGCACCACAACGUUUUAGGUUGGAUUGUCAUGCAGCAGUGGUAACUAAGAUGAUAGCUAGAGUGUUAUAGGGCCGUGAUUAUUACUCUAUUUCGUUGAUGUGGAAACUGAGGCAC